AUGGUUGAGUGCAACGGUGAUCAAGCGAAAGGGUCCUGUAAGUUAUGUCGUGCAGGAGGGUCAGAGAAGGCGCACUGUGCAUGUGGACCAUAUGUUGCCACGAAAUGCUGCAGAAGAUCUCCCAUGCCUGGUGUGUUAGAGAUCCUGAAUUCAAGUGUCACUGAUGAUAACAGAGGACCGUUGAACUUUCCUACCGUUGGUGACUGUUCCAUGCCAAUCAUUGAGCCUAAGAGCCCUGAAAACACAGAGAACCUGACAGCACAAGUUCCAGGAACAGAACACAUAUCAGUUCACCAAUAUGUAGCACAUCCAAGCAAUUAUCAUUUCAUUCUGGACGAACCUGAUAAAUGUAGUCAGAAUCCGUUCCUGGUCUUGAUGGUCCCUGUGGCCCCUCAACAGGUAGAUGCUCGUAAUGCCAUCCGGAGCACAUGGGGGAAUGAAAGCUCAGUCCAGGGAAAAGCAGUGCUGACUCUGUUCUUGGUGGGUUUGACUGGAGGACCUGAAGCUCAACAGCAGCUGGAGGAAGAGAGCCGACAACACAGAGAUUUAGUACAGAGCAACUUUGUGGACUCCUACUUCAACCUGACCAUAAAGACAAUGGUGAUCAUGGACUGGUUGGCCACUCGUUGCCCUCAAGCGAAUUUUAGUAUGAAGGUUGAUUCUGACAUGUACAUAGGCCUGGAGAACCUGAUGACCCUCCUAUUGGCACCCAACACACCCAGACAGAACUACAUUACAGGCCAUUUGAUGUGGAACCAGAAUGUCAUCAGAAACAAAAACUCAAAAUGGUAUGUUCCAAAGGAGCUGUACCCCGAACCGAAAUACCCCACGUAUGUGCUUGGAAUGGCAUAUGUUUUCUCCAAUGAUCUUCCCCCCAAAAUAGUUGAGGCUUCUGAAGCCAUAAAGCCUUUUAACAUAGAGGACGCUUAUGUGGGCGCUUGUCUGAAACGGUUGGGCAUAAAUCCCUCUGGCGCUCCAGAUCCUUCUCAGUUUCAGACCUAUAUGAAUAAUCCUAAAAGUCAUGACCUUUCCAAGCUCAUUACAACAAUCGCGGGGUCACCGGAGAAGGUAGUAGAGUUCUGGCUAAAUGUGAAGGGACAUAAAUGA